AUGGGACUCAAGAGAAUACCUUUGACCCCCCUUCUCCAACUCUUCGAGGGCCAACCAGGGAAGGAUACACAGGAAACACCACAACCCCACGCUCCAACUCCACCACCUCGGCCCCCUACUAUCCAAACCAGGUCAUCCUCCACCAAGUCUCAGCCACAAACCACCUGCCCCGAACCUCCCACUUCCUCCCAACCAGCUCGUCCUCCUCGACCUGAAGGCGCUGAUUCUAAAAGAAAGAGGAGCCCCAAAGGCAAGGACGUCAUGGACGAGGGAAAAUCCCCACCUUUUAAGGAGAAGGUUGAGGCUCCUCGCACAAAACAGUUGAAGAUUGGACACCAAGGAAAGGGCAAAGAAACUGAAGUCCAACCUUCUCAAGGCAAAGGAAAGGGAAUUGAGUCCCAGUCCCUACCGAAUGCCUGGCUUCCUGCCCCGAUGCUUCACGGGGGUCCACUACUAGAGACGGCGGAGAGCAUAUUCUACCCGGCGGCCAUCCGCGAGGCCACUUCUACCAGCUCCGCGGCUACGUGUGAUCAACCUGAGGAAGAAAUCACCCCGUCGGAAGACUUACAGGCCAGUGGUUCCUCUGGCAAGGCGCGCAAAGAAGGAGAACUUCAUGAUAUGAUAGUGAUAUCCCAGCAUACGGAUACUGAGGCACUUAAAGAGGUUACUGAGCCCGUGGUUGGCAUUCAGGUGUCUAGUACAGAAGAGCCAGCCACACUUGCACAGCCGCCACAGGCCAUUCCCCUUGCUGUGGUUCCUCAGAGUACCAGUGCUGGCCCUGCUCAGCCUUCCCCAGAAGGGACCAUCCUUCAGGGCAUCGAAGCUGAUCCUGUUCCUUCCUCUCAGGACGUGACCGACAAAAAAGCAGAAAAAUAG